AUGCCGCGGAGAAAACGCACAACAAGCCGCACAGUAAAUAACAAGAGAGGCUCAAAUCAGCCAAAUAUUCCUCCGCUGGGCACCGCUGUCGGAGACGCGCACUCUCUCCUGCUGUCUCUCGUCAACGCCGCUGUUAUUACUAAUGCAACAGAGAGAAAAGCGAUACAGAAUAAAGGAUUCUUUGAGGACAAAAUCCCACUCAGGAUAUUUACAAGAUACAUCAAAUUUGGAGCGUUGCUGCAGACGGGCUCGGGACACUCUGGUCUGUGCCAGUCUGCAAGCCAGGACGGGGGAGCUGCUGCCUCCCAGACCAUCCGCAUCAUGGAGGCUUUGUACAUCCAACUGUUGCACGGGGAAGGGCUGCUGACUAAGGAGGAGGAAGAGGACAAAAGCGGGGAUCGGGAUCCUGAAAGAAUGGGGGCCUCUUCUCCUAUAGGCUGCACCACGGAGGAGGAAACUGAUGAGGAUUCAGAUGCAGAACCCCCACCAGUUGUUCGCAGGAAGGUGUCAUUUGCAGAUGCCUUUGGCCUCAACCUGGUGUCGGUUAAGGAGUUUGACAAUGCUGAUGGGACAGAGGCAGAGGCUAGCUGGCAUGAUAAUGCAGAGGUGGUCCAUUUACCGGAGGAUUUCUACCUGUCUAGCCUGUUUACUGUGCCUUCUUCCCCAGAGGAGCUGGACGAGAGGCUGCAGACACAGCCGAUGGAGCUGGAGAGCAUUGAGCUUCUACCGGGAACCACCACCCUCCGUGGCGUCAUCAGAGUUGUCAACCUCUGCUACAACAAGAACGUCUACGUCCGCAUGAGUCUGGAUCGAUGGGGCAGCCACUUUGACCUGCAGGCAGAAUACGUGCCGGGGUCCAGUGACAGGAAAACAGACAGGUUCACCUUCAGGUACACUCUGGUCCCUCCAUUUGACAAACAAGGCGCCAGAGUGGAGUUCUGCCUCCGUUACGAAACCUCAGUGGGCACAUUCUGGUCCAAUAACAACGAUAUGAACUAUGUGCUGUUCUGCCACCAGAGGGGACAAAUGAAAGAGCACAUGACCAAAGCACAAGAGGAGAGCAGCAGCCACAGCAGCAAAAGGAGCUGCCUCAAAGCCAACAGAAACGGAAGCGGAGAAGAAAACACCAAGGAGGCUGUGAACCCAAGUACAGAUCCCGCGGAAGUAGAAGCAGUGCACAGACCAGAAAAGGCUGGCAGAGAGAAGGUGGACAGUCCAGAGUUGAAAUCAUUACUUCCUUGCAAAGAGCAAAAAUCUUCGGUGGAAAGUGUAAAAAGCAGACGCAGAGCAACACGUUUGGCACGUGUGCAGACCUACCUCUCCGAGAGCAGGCAUCAGCUACCUAAGGCAUUUCCACAUGACACAGCCAGGGGCCAAAAGGCCUCUCGACAUACGCCAUCUCCUUGGGGUGACUCUGCCAGCUCUCUCUACAAAUGCCAAAAGACGCAACGGAGCAAGAGCGCGGCGGUACUCACCUACCAUCAGAUUCCUCUGCUUACACUGGACUGGAACGAUGACGCUCCGCAGCAGCUUCGGACCGCUGAUGUGGAUGACAUCUUGACUGGAGGAGCCAAAAUGACUUUGUCGAAAGCAGGAGAAGAAAAUAUGCCUUCGGUUAAUGAUACGUGGGAGACCUUUCUUGAGACUACAAGUGAUGCAAUCUAUAAAGAAACCCCUGUGAGUGAUGCGUGGCAGCUUUUUCUUAAUGGGCCCGGCUGCAAGGACCGGCCUGAUGUUCCCGAGUCAGAAUGGCUGCAGACAGCUGUGUCUGUGUCUCCUUCAAAUGAUAUGGGGCCCCAGAUUCAAAAUUCAGCGAGAAGUCAAGAGAUUGUAGAAUUUCAGGUGGGCGCUGAUACACCCACCACCUUACAGUCACAUACCUUAGCUGCAUGUCAGGUGCAGUCAGACACUUGUGAAAUGCUGUCGGCUGCUGCCGCCUUUAACGCUGGAGAUCGUCAGCCAGCGGAGGCAUGUGACAGCAGCCCGAGAGAUGACAGCACAUACCCACAAGAUGCAUCCCAAAGGUCACUGACGAACUCUGUAACAGACACUCCGCAGGAAUUCAGCCUCAACAGGGCACCGCCCGUGUCCGAGGACUUUGUUGACAGUCCAACUGAGUGUCAUGAUCAUGCAAACUGGGAGCGAGGAACGGAAAGAAUAAUAGGAAGUGCAGCAGGAAUAAGAGGAGACGAGCCCUUCACAUGGCACACAGCUGACUUGGUAACAAGCUCAGGGGAGCUGGAGACAACAGACACGACAGCGAUGCCGGGGUCUCAGAAUGCCAGCGCUGUUGAUAGGAUCUCACAGGCAGCAAGGCAGGAAAAGGGUCUUUCUUCCGAAGGGGAAGGGGAGGCUACAGGUACAGCGCACAAUGCCAUAGAUGACACGCUGGCAUUUAGGGAUACAAUCAGGCAGGAGACAAAGGAAGCGAUGAGGUUUGCCUUUUCCGCUUCUAGACAAGGAUUGGAGGAGGGGAUCACAAUGAGCCAGGCGCAAAAGGAAGCGUUUCCAGGAAAACAGGUUCUUUGGCCACAUGAAACUAAAGAACGUGGCAUCUGCGCUAGUUAUGGAGAUGAAAUGCAACUUGAGAAAAAUGGGCUGAACCAAAACAGCGGAAAUCAACAGCAGAAGGGUGAAAAUUAUGGAGAUGACACGGAAACAUUACAGUUGGGCGCAGAGAGCUUUGACUCAGAGCAGACGUGUGAAGAUGAUUCACAGCAAAGCAGAAUAAUUGCAACCGAAGGGAGCGACAAUGUUCCAUCUAAUACACCAAGCAUGUCAGAAAAGGCAAAGGUUUCCUGUACAACAGGCAAAGAAACAGAGGCGCUCAUUGGUGCGGGUACGGCCACAAUAAAGCAAGUGAGGCAGCGUAGCGAUGAAGCUUUACAAUCAAAUUCAUUUGGGCAGAUAGGAUACACAGCUUUCAUUUCAGAAGGAUGGGACGAACAGUCAAGACCGCUGCAAGAAGGUGAAGAGGUUUACGUUCAAGAGAGGGAGAAAAGCGUUGAACUGAAAUCUGACACAGGUGAACAAGUCAUUUUAAAUCCGAUGGGGGAGGGAGAAAGCUUGAGCUGGGAUGGGAAAGCAAUGAAGCCGCAGGAAAUAAACCCUUCAGCACAUACAAGGCCAACAGUGGAAUCAGGUGAAAUGAACAGGGUUUCUGUAAGUGACCACAUUACAUUCAGACCUCAUCCAGCGGUUAAAGGCAACCCAAACCCCUUGGAGGUGGUCAAACAGAGACAGAUUGGUUUAGGAGAAAAAGCGAGGGGUCAAAAAGAGGAUGUGAGGAGGAAAAUAAUCCCGGGAGAAAGUACAGUGCAGGAGAAUGUUGGAAAGGGAGGCUCUUCAACAGAAUGCCAUCCUGAGACAUCAGAAGAAGAAGAUAUGAGUCUCGAAGAUGGGAAGCUGAAAAUAGAGGCAACGAGGGAGCUGAUAGGUAAUGGAGAGAGCCCUCAGGGAGAGAGGAAAAAUCCAAUGAAAGGAGAAGAGUUGUCAGCAGAAGUUGAGAGCUCUCCACGUGUUGAAUAUGAAAAGCUGUCAGAUGGAAGAGAAGACCCCGUCAGAGCAGAAAAUACUGCAUUACCCGAAGUGAUAGACCCGGCAUUGGAGCAGAUGCUUAUCGAAAGAUUUGGAGAAGAUUUGGUGAGGAGGAUUUUGGAAGAGGUCUUCAUUCAAGUAGUACAGGCUUCUAGCAGACACGCAAAUACUGAUGAUGAAACGGGGAAGAGGCUGACAAAUACUACAAAAGACUUCCAUCUUCUUUUUGAGGGAGACUUCAGUGACACUUUCGAUUCAGGCAUAUUCUCCUUAACAGAAACACCACCAGCUUCAAAUUUAAGUCUCUUUCAGGACCUAGAACAAACUUUUCUGACUAAAAUUAAAGAGUACUCCCCAAAAGAUCAGCCCCUUACCACAACAGAGCAGACUCAGGUUCUCCAUGAAUUACAAUCCAAUUUAGAUGCAAGCGCUCAUCUAAGUCAAGAUCUCGCUACUACUUUCGCCGAUCAUGGCGGGCAGCCAUUGUCUGAAUCAGCUCGAGCUAUGACCUUCUUAGAGGAUUUGGAGAACCCCCCUCCAAUUAAAGAAAGAUCAGUCACCCGUCAGGAAACAGGUAGUCAAAUAGAAGAGAGUCUAAAUCCUCACAAAGAAGGUUUCGAUCAGUCCUCCCACCCGUCUCAUACCGAUCUAAGCCCCCCCUCUGAGAAAUUAAAAGCGUCCGAUUCUCUUCUGUGGUGGACUAUAUUAUACACCAUCAGCCACAUCAGCCGACUCCCAAUCUACACCCUCCUGGUCAGCGGGUUUGCUUUCUUUGUUUUCCUCUGUGAUUUUCCGGCAUUCGUUGCCGUCUACAUCUUUUCCUUGUGCUGGUGGGUUUUCAAAUCCAAGAGACAUCAGGUGGCGACGAAUCAAGAGCUGGUGAGAUAGGUUCUGGUUUACAUCACUUUUCCACAAGUUUGCCUUCUGCUUGUAUUUCCAGUUGAUACGCAGAUUAUUCCCCACACACAACGCCUCCCUUCUGUUGGGCAGGAAACAGAAGGGAAGCACCUUUUAGCUGAUUUUCUUUUGACAUUUUUGAGGAAUAUGCACAGAUAAACGUCGCCUGCUCUGACUUUGGAAGCCAACAUGGCUGCCACUGCCAUCAAUAAACUAAAUACAUUAACUUCACUGUUUAUAAAAGUUAUUUUAUUCACAUUAAAGCAGCACUAUGUAACUUUUCCACCUUAAUCUAAUAUUCACAGAGUCAUUGUGAUGGUACAUCAAUUUACAACAGGUUUAAUGACACCUCGGUCAUGGUCUGAGGGGUCUGUAUCGCCUUCACUGGCACUAUGUAACUUUGAGGAGCAUGGUAGGAACCCUUCCACACUAAAAAACUACACAUUUUUACAGCUUUGACUGCUUUACGGCAUACGUCACUUCCCCCUCCUUCCCGAUUCGUAGUCGAGACGAAAGCUGGGCGUGGAGCGCAGAGCUCAGCAGAAGCUGGUAUCAUGGCCGGAGCAGCGAAAAAAACGAAGAAAAUAAAAGUUUUAACGGAGAAGGCGAAAAAAGGAAAGCGGGAGAGUAACAAGCUAAAUGCCCGGUGCUCGCUGGCGUGAGAUGAAAGACGAGGAGGGAUGUCCGACAAGAGAGACAGAAUUGUUAUGAUACAAAUGUAGAGUUCUAUGUUUAAUAAGAAUCAAAAUUAGAAUGUUUUAACAUACAUUCAUCUUGGGUUCUAGUAUUUUUCCUGAGAACUGUAAAAUUGUGCAGGGCUGAUCUGCAAAAUGCAAGGAAUGGGCAAUCAGUUAUUCACAGGUUAUAAAGUAUUUUUUUAUUUUGUCAGUAAGUAUGUUGGACUACUAAUUUAUGACAAAAUCCCUCUAAAAAACGUGACAGGAAGAAGGUGCAGAGCGUAUGAGUUUGUAGGGCGCAUUAUCUCGCUGAAACAACUUAAUAAAACCAAGUUGAACUUAGUGAUUUUCAACAUCGUCAUAUUAUAUUGUUUAGCCAAAAAUAGAUACAUUACCUCUUCGCUAUCCAUUCUGCAAACGACCGCUGAAAACAGAAAAGUAGUUUUGAAAGUCCGACCCGUCUUAUUUCAUUCACUGUCAAAACAAAUGCACGCGACGGGGACAGGAGUUUUCCGGCAGUACGCGCUGGUGCUCAUGGGAAAUGUAGUGUUCUUUCUGGUAAAGCACUACCGAUUUUGUCCAAAGGAGCCGCCAAACUUAACAAAAGCUGAAAGUUACAUUGUGCUGCUUUAAGUCAGACAACACACAUAGUAUAGUACAUAGUAUAUAGUGUUUGGUUUCAUAUUUCUAUGCCAUUUAUCUACUGAAUACCACAUAUAAAUAACAUCCUUGUGAAUUAGUAUUGCUAACAAUGCUGGCAGCGACAAUGGCUAGACGAACAUGCGGAUGGGUUCAAGGUGUACUUGAUCGAUCAACCACUUUUAAAACCCCUGCAAGUGUCUUCAUUUGCAGGUAAAUAGAACCUAACAUUCGACUUAUUCAAUGCUAAACAAGAUGAUCACGUGAGUUAUAGCUUCAAAAUAUAUUUUGUUUGAUUUGAAUGCAUGUAUUUAUUUUAAUAUUUAUUUUAUUUCUAACAUUUUGAAUUGAGUGUACCAUUAAAAUCAUGCAUUUAUUCUUGAUAUAGCUGAUAGUGGCCCACUUUGACCUGCAAAAAAUGACAAAAACAAACAAAAAAAAUCAUCUUUCUUUGACUGCUUUCUCUCUGAAGUUUACGGCAAAAGUUAAUAAUUUUGCGGAAUAGGCAAGAAAGCUGGCAUGCUAACGAACACGUGGAAAAGAGAUGUAAAGAAACAAUUUUGAGUGGAUGUUUUGUUGUGGUAAUGAAUGUGUUGUGUUUUUAUAUUUUAGUGUUUUUUUUUUCUUCGCUAACAUAGCAGCUCAGUGGUUGCCUGUGACACGCCGCCACCCUGCAUCCCUUACCUUCAAUUUUUCUGACCACCUGGGAGGGAUUUUCAUUGCAUAUUAAAAUCUGGAUUUGUUUGCAAUCCUCACUCAUUUUUGUGCCGUGGCCCUUUAUGUUUGCUGUCUCGUUCCUUGCAGGCAACCAAACCCUGAGUUUGCAAACAACUGAAUGGAAUUUUGCAAAUAAACUCAACAAAUGCUCAAAUACGCUUCGAUUUCAUUCACAUAGUUAUAAUAGGGCAUUUUCAAAUUUGCAGAAGUAUUAAGCUGUUCUUGAAUGUUUUUCCGCACGUUUUAUGAUAGUAUGAAUGUGUCUGAGUAUAUUUGCUGUGUUCCAUGGGCCCAAUACCGUUUUAAGAUGUACCAAAUAAAAUAAAGUGUCUUUCCUUGAUUUUCUUCAAUAAAAAGAAAUUCAUGUUAUUAAAGAGAUUUAAGCUUUUUUUA